AUUCAGUGCGCCAAUAGCCCCGUGUGCUGACGGUUAUGCAGUGCGUUUCGCGGCCCAUCGACGUGUCCUCGAAAUGUGAGUGUUAAAUUGCGAAGUUAAGGAUAGUCCUUAGUUCGAAAUGUCGUCUGGAGAAUGGGACUUGUGCGCGCUGAAGGCGCUCGAGGAGGAGGAGCAGAAGGAGUUYCUGGCACUUAGCCAAAAGAAUCUAUUCGAGGCGCCCCUGCCAACAGGUGGCGCGGAAAAUGGCAGCGUCAGCGGUGCCAGUGCCACUUCCAAUGCUAAGCCAGCUUUGACUUACGCGCAACUGCAUCCACAUCUGCUCAAGCUGCCCACCAUUGACGAGUGCCAGCUCAUUGCGACCAAGAGGCAGUCGCCUGCCAGUGUCGCCAGCAGCAGCACUCGGUUAAAGUUUUCCCGCGCGCUUUCCCUAUCUGCGCACUCCUUGUCCCCGCGAGCUGGCGGAGCUGGAGGUGGAGGAGGAGGUGGUAUGGGCUUUGGCAAGAAGCUGAAGGCACGGCUGGUGGGUGCCAAAUCAAGCGGAUCCCUAUCACCCUCCCGCCACUCCUACAGCUACAGUGUCUCACCCGUGUAUACGCCCCCGCCAAUGCGCCGCUGCGCCACGCUCCAUCACACGCAGCCGGUGCGCAAGACCUUCAAGACGCUGCAGCAGUUGGAGCGACAGAAGCGCCAGAGCCAGGCAGCCCAAGCAGCGCAGAUGACGCCACAGCUACAGCGCAUUGUGGGCACCAACAAGACCUACUGGAAAUACGGCGCCAACUCAACGGCUGCCUCGAUCAUCGGCCAACGCGCUCGACUGCAGCAGCAGCAACAUCAGCAGCCGAGCGARCUGGAGUCCAACACGUCGGACGAGCCGAAUGCAGAGACGGCCGAGUCGGAUGCACCUGACAGCGUCACAGAGACGGGCUCCUGCAGUGUCCCGCUGCCGCCAGCGGACUCCAAUGAGCUGCUGCGGCUGAGCCUGAUGCUAACCGCAGCCAGUUCGGCUGUCACAGUGACUGCCUCGGCGGCGGCGGCAGCAGCAACUGGUGGGCAGGCAAGCAGGCGCUAUCAGGCCCUCGGCAUCGACGAGGACGCUGGCAAUGGCGAAACUGUUGCUUACGAAGCUUUCCACAGGCCAAGCAAAAGCUUUGAGCGCGCGCUCUUAUGCGGCGCUGGCGGAAGCUUAACAUUAACAGCGCAAGAGAGCCACAGUCCUGGCCCGAGUCCCAAUCGUAGUCGGCCAAUGCAAUCCACUGGCGGCAAGCGUAUGUUAAAGUCCACAUCUCUUGAGGGAGAGAGUGCGAGCGCGCUUGAUUACCAACAGCAGCAGCAGCAGCAACAACAUCAACAACAGCAACAGCAACAGCAACAACAGAAACAUCAACACCAGCAACAGCAACAGAUUAUUGGUCAGCCUCUGGCAAUGAUGGGCCUGACAACGGCAACAAAUCAGCCGGAGGAGCAUCAGGGCGGCGCAGUUCGUUAUCUGAAGCGGGAGGGGGAGUGGGAGACGAGCAUGGGCCGCAAGCAAGCCAAAUAUAAUCAGGAUCUGAGUGUUGCCUGCUACGGGCACAAUGCGACGCUAGGUGGCGCCACCAUCGAGGACGAACUGGAGCAUCAUAUCAAGCAUUGCUCGUGCUCCUGCAACCACAUGGGCUACGGCAAUUCAAUGGACUACCAGACAACCGGCUUUGGCGGCCUGCCAGACGUGACGGAGCACUCGAACAUACGGCGUACACUCUCGCGCCAGAACUCGAUCUCCAACAGCGAUUCCGGCGGCGAAAUCGCCAGCAUCCAGAAAUCGAAGGUCUACGGCAACGCGAUGACAGGCGGAGUAGUCGUUGGCAGCGAUAUCGCUGGGAUCGCACUCGACAGCAAAUCGCCCACCUCCCUGGCAGCGGAAGCAGCUGCAGCAGCCGGCUCCUCCUCCAAGGCGAAGGCAAAGAGUGCCCGCAAGACAAGGAACAGCUCCGGGGCAGCCCACAAGUCGCGACGCGGCUCCUGGAUGGUGGCUCUGACUCUCGUGAGCGCCAUCUGUCUGCUGGCCAUAGCCGCCACCUUGGCCUACCAACACUUUUUCAUGUCGCCCAGCCGCAACUCUCACGCCCAACGGCUGCGCAUCGUUAGGCGCAUCCUGCGGGAGGUUCCCCUCGUCGACGGGCACAACAACUUUGCCUGGAACGUGCGCAAGUAUGCGCACAGCAGUCUCGAGCUGGUUCACCUCAGUCACGACCUUGAUCACAAGUCGAUGUGGGUGCGGCCCGCCUGGGCCCAAACGGACAUGGAACGGCUCAAGCAGGGACUAGUCGGCGUGCAAGUUUGGUCGGCGUACGUGCCUUGCGAGGCGCAAGGCUUGGAUGCCGUCCAGCUGGCACUGGAGCAGAUAGACAUUGUGCGGCGGCUGUCUGACAUGUAUGCUCGAGAUACGGUGCUGGCGACGUCCUCGCAGGACAUUGUGGCCACGCACAGGCGCGGCCUGCUGGCCUCGGUGAUCGGCAUUGAGGGAGGGCACACAAUUGGCUCUUCGCUGGGCGUGCUGCGCUCCUUCUACUCGCUGGGCGCGCGGUAUCUCAGCCUGACGCACCGCUGCGAUGUGUCCUGGGCGGGGUCGAGUGCCUCGACGCUGGAGCAGGGCCUGACACCCUUUGGCAAGGCGAUUGUGCGGGAAAUGAAUCGCCUGGGCAUGAUGAUCGAUCUCUCUCACAGCUCGGACGCCACGGCGCGUGAUGUGCUCCAGCUGACGCGGGCGCCCGUCAUCUUCUCGCACUCGGCGGCCAGGCAGCUGUGCAACUCGACGAGGAACGUGCCCGAUGACAUAUUGCGCUUGGUGGCCGAGAAUGGCGGUCUCAUCAUGCUCUCCUUCGACCCCGAGAACGUCGCCUGCGGCCGUCAGGCACGGCUGCAGGAUGUAAUAGAGCAUAUUAAAUACGUGCGAGCGAUUGCCGGCAUUCAGCACAUUGGCCUGGGUGCCGGCUACGAUGGCAUCGAGAUGCCCCCGCUGGGCCUCGAGGACGUCUCCAAGUACCCGGAGCUGUUGGCCGCCCUGCUGGAGGAUCACAACUGGAGCGAGGAGGACGUUGCCAUGCUGGCGGGCCGCAACUUUCUGCGCAUCCUCGAGACCGUCGARACGGUACGCGACUACUGGAAGCGCGCYGCCAUMCAGCCCAUCGAGCUGUCGGAGCCGCAGCCCAAGACACAGUGCACCUACAUGUCGUCGUGACCACUGCCACAGGCGUUGAGAACGCGCCGCGACGAGCCCGCCACGGUGCCCCGCCUUGGGGAGGGGGCCAGCCCCAAUCACACCGAGAGGGCGACGUCCACGGGCGCGCAGCUCUGGCAGCAGCUGGAGCCCGUCGCAAACGAGACAGACGUUAGCCACAUGGCAGUGGCAGCCACAGCCACAACAAUGGCAACCACAUUUGCAGUCAGUGGACUGCUGCAGUAGACGGCUGGCAGGUUGGCAGUCCUUGGCUGUCACUCCGGCUGACGAGCCCUCGUUUGCUCAUUUGCCCAUUUGCUAAUGAGCGAAUAAUGUUUUAACUGGAAGCCAAAGGAACAGCAAUCAAAAUGACGAAUUAACAAGUAAAUCGGAAAGCAGCAUAGCGAUAAGCAUGUAAUAUAACUAAAUACGCUCACGUAGAAAGGAAAUUUGUAUUCGUAUUUAAUUGAAGCAUUGGCACACACACACACAUACACAUACAUAUGCAUAUAUACAAAUGCAGAUGGAUGUGGGUUUCACGAUUUAUUCAAAGGUUGCAAUUAAAUAAUUGAAUAUGUAGGCGUGCAUACGUGCCCGUGGCCAGGGCUUGUUUCUGUUUUAAU